CGCCCCUAACUGUUAUUUCUUGAUAUGAAGGUAUACCAACUUCUUGGUGAUAUCAAGUUAGAAUUUGAUGAUUCUCAUCUUGCAUAUUCAAACGAGUCUUAUCAUAGGGAGCUGGAUUUGGAUACUGCAACAGUAAAAAUCAAGUACUCUGUAGGAGAUGUAGAAUUUACCAGAGAACAUUUUGCUUCUAACCCAGACCAAGUCAUAGUGACAAGGUUUUCAGCGAGCAAACCUGGGUCAUUAUCAUUUACAGUGUAUUUUGAUAGCAAAAUGCAUCACAGUUCAAGGGUAAGUGGCCAAAAUCAGAUAAUGAUUGAAGGAAGCUGUCCUGGCAGGAGGGUCCGGCCAAAAGUGAAUUCAGUUGACGAUCCGAAUCCAAAGGGAAUUCAGUUUUCUGCAGUUCUUGAUAUGCAGAUUAGUAAAAAUAAAGGGGUUAUACAUGUUUUGGAUGAUAAGAAGCUAAGAGUUGAAGGCUCAGAUUGGGCUAUUUUGCUUUUGACAGCUUCUUCUUCCUUCGAUGGCCCAUUUACUAAGCCUGAAGACUCCAAGAAGGAUCCUACCUCUGAGUCCCUCAGUAAAAUGAAUUCUGUGAAAAAAAAUUCAUAUGCUGAUCUUUAUGCACGUCACUUGGAUGACUAUCAAAAUCUUUUUCAUCGUGUGUCAUUGCAACUCUCUAAAAGCUCCAAAACUGCUCUAGGAAAAUCUGUUUUGCACGGAAGGAAAUUGGUUUCCUCCCAAACCAACAUCUCUCAAAUGGGAGGUGAUGUCUCCAUUCCAACUUCAGCAAGAGUCAAAUCUUUUCAAACUGAUGAAGAUCCUUCCUUUGUGGAGCUUUUGUUUCAAUAUGGUCGAUAUCUUCUAAUCUCUUGUUCGCGUCCUGGGACCCAGGUGGCAAACCUACAGGGUAUCUGGAACAAAGAUGUUGAGCCUGCAUGGGAGUAUGUCUUCCCUUCUCUUUUUAUCCCUCUUCGAUCAAUUAAAAAAAAAUGCGCUGAGGAAAAUCCAGAACGCGCUAAGAAGGCCAAGUCAGUGCCCGAGGCAUCACCCAAUCGGACUGUGAUUGUGGUGCCACCUCAGCUAAUGUCUCGUGCCUUUCUUGGUGAUGAUGUGUCGGCCGAGGCGUUGAUUCGGCCUGACAUUGUGUCUCCUUUCGGGCAGGAGUUCUUGGCUAGCCUGGAUGCAAGAGCCAAGUGGAGACUUUACUGCGAGGUGCAAACUCGCUCGUUGGCCCUAGCCCAUCACCUAGCCAUGGAACCCAUCGGUGAGGUGGUGCAUUUGAAACAAAGUUUGGAGGAGGCCGAGAGGACUGCCGCCGAAGCUAUCGCGGUGAAUGAAGAAGUGACAGCCAAAAAUCGGGAGCUGUCGGCCGAAUUGGAUUCUGUUCGGCGUGACAAUGAUACUCUUCGUCUGAACCUUCAAAAAGCAGCUAAUGAGGAGCGGCGCCGACUGGAGGAGGCUCAUGCCGAGUACAACCGCCUAAAGGAGCAGGCGAAAGAGAAGAUUGUUGCUCAACAUGAAGCCGGGUUUAAACACGCUGUUCGGCAAGCUAAACACUUCGGCCGCUUUGAAGAGGGUUUCGAGUUUGAUAUGACCCAAGAUUUUUAUCAAGGGUCAUUGAUUUCUUUUGCUGAUAUGCCUGAAGGGGCAAAUCCCGAUGGGGAAGAGCCAGAGGAUGCCCCCCAGGCAGAAGGUGCCGAAACCUCUUCCGAGGAAAACACCAUGGAUGAGGGAAACCCGGAACCUGAGAAUGAGGCCGAAGGAAAUCCUGAAUCUGUCAUUCAAGCCGAUGCAGCCCGAUCUCCGGAAGAAUAUUCAAGGGUAAGUGGCCAAAAUCAGAUAAUGAUUGAAGGAAGCUGUCCUGGCAGGAGGGUCCGGCCAAAAGUGAAUUCAGUUGACGAUCCGAAUCCAAAGGGAAUUCAGUUUUCUGCAGUUCUUGAUAUGCAGAUUAGUAAAAAUAAAGGGGUUAUACAUGUUUUGGAUGAUAAGAAGCUAAGAGUUGAAGGCUCAGAUUGGGCUAUUUUGCUUUUGACAGCUUCUUCUUCCUUCGAUGGCCCAUUUACUAAGCCUGAAGACUCCAAGAAGGAUCCUACCUCUGAGUCCCUCAGUAAAAUGAAUUCUGUGAAAAAAAAUUCAUAUGCUGAUCUUUAUGCACGUCACUUGGAUGACUAUCAAAAUCUUUUUCAUCGUGUGUCAUUGCAACUCUCUAAAAGCUCCAAAACUGCUCUAGGAAAAUCUGUUUUGCACGGAAGGAAAUUGGUUUCCUCCCAAACCAACAUCUCUCAAAUGGGAGGUGAUGUCUCCAUUCCAACUUCAGCAAGAGUCAAAUCUUUUCAAACUGAUGAAGAUCCUUCCUUUGUGGAGCUUUUGUUUCAAUAUGGUCGAUAUCUUCUAAUCUCUUGUUCGCGUCCUGGGACCCAGGUGGCAAACCUACAGGGUUUGCUCGCUGAAAACCUUGUCACUAUGACUUGGUCUGGGUUAGAAGCAAAAUGUUCUCUGGAUUUUCUUAAAAAUAAAGCAUAUCCUUUGUUGGAAGGAUGUACAUCAUUUUUGUUGGAUUGGUUGAUUGAAGGCCGAGGUGGAUUAUUGGAAACUAACCCAUCAACUUCACCUGAGCACAUGUUCAUUGCACCAGAUCGAAAGCCUGCUAGUGUGAGCUACUCAUCAACCAUGGAUAUUUCAAUCAUAAAAGAAGUUUUCUCUAUAAUCAUUUCUGCAGCUGAGGUUUUAGGAAGACAAAAUGACGGUAUUAUCAAGAGAGUCACUGAGUCUCUGUCUAAGCUUCCUCCGACAAAAGUUGCUGGAGAUGGUUCCAUUAUGGAAUGGGCAGAAGAUUUUGAGGACCCAGAUGUACAUCAUCGACAUGUUUCGCAUCUGUUUGGGCUGUUUCCAGGGCACACAAUUAGUCUAGAGAAAACUCCAGAUCUCUGUAAAGCUGUGGAAUUAAGUCUAAUUAAAAGAGGAGAUGAUGGUCCAGGGUGGUCAACAACUUGGAAAGCUUCACUGUGGGCACAUCUUCACAAUAGCGAGCACGCAUAUCGUAUGAUAAAACACUUGAUUGUCUUGGUGGAUCCUACUCAUGAGCGUGAUUUUGAAGGAGGACUUUACAGCAACCUGUUCACAGCACAUCCCCCUUUCCAGAUUGAUGCAAACUUUGGGUAAGGAUCAUCUUUAUGUUAGAACUGUAACAUCU